GUUCUGCGAGGCAGGAUCUUUCUUGGCGGAAGGCCUAGGCAGGACGGCGGACCGAUUUCGACGGCAGCCGGACAAGAAGGACAGAUUACACAGAGCCAUCAUCGUCCUGGCACUGGAGCAGAAAACAUCACCAGUGAUCAAGCAACUAAUGGUGAUCAUAGCAGUCUCCCAGAGGAUGACAACCAACACUUGGAGAAUGCUUCUGCCAGCCAUGAGAUCCAGGCGCUUCAGCCAACAGAAGAUCAAUCCGGCAACGUACCAAACACUCAUGACGCUCUGCAGGAUGGCCAUCUUGAUCAGGAACAGCACGUGCACGGGUACCAAGAGUACUCGUCGGACUCGGGGUCCUCGGACCAGAGCGGCGAGCAGACCGGCUCUUCCUCCUCCGACAACGGCGGCGCGCAGGAAGAAGCCAUAGCCUACGUGCAGCCGACACCCAGUGUGCAGUGGCGAGGGGAGUCAUCUGGUGCCAGUGGCCAGGAAGCAGAGGAGGAGGAGGAGGACGAGGACGAGGAGGAGUGGCAUGUCAUUGAUAAUCCAGAAGCUGAAGCGCAGCAAUGGCGGCCGGACCUAGGCGGCUUCGCUCGGCAUAAUCGCCUCCAGGAAGACGCGCUCUACGGCAUGUACAGGGCCGAGCUCAGAGAACUCUUAAGCAGGCGCAGCGUGUCUAAUCUCCUCAGCAGCGGCUUCCGCGAGAGCCUGGACCAGCUCGUGCACUCGUACGCUCAGAGGCAGGAGGAGCAUGACCCUCCAGCUCCACUCAACCAAGACCAUGUCCAACACCACCGGAUCCAUGGAGCAGACCAGGCCGAGCACGCCGCGCAGCCUCCCGCCGGCCACAGGCCGCAGCGGCGCUGGCGGAUGAUGCCGCCUGGCCGUGACUGGAGCCGGCAGCCCAUGGACCGCCCGGAUGAAUUUGAGGUCGACGAGGCCAUCCACGACCUGCGGGACGACAUGGCCGUGCUCCAGCGCGGGAUGGCCAGCACGCAGCAGAUGCUGCAGGCGUGCAUGGAGAUGCAGGUCGAGCUCCAGAGGUCCAUCAGGCAGGAGGUCGCCUCUGCCAUGAACGGCUCUCUGUCCCUCCAAGGGACGGUUAGAUGGUAUGAUGACGGAUCACAGUGGGAGCUGGUGAGGAAAGGGACCUGCUGCAUCUGCUGCGACAGCCAGAUCGACUCGCUUCUCUACAGGUGUGGGCACAUGUGCACCUGCUCAAAGUGCGCCCGCGAGCUGCUCCGCGGUGCCGGCAAGUGCCCGCUGUGCCGCGCUCCCAUCGUCGAGGUCGUCCGAGCUUACAGCAUAAUUUGACAGAUCUUUACAACAGAAGGGAAAAAAAAACAAGCAAACAGAAGGAGAGGAGUGGUUAGUCUGACUGGACGAAGGGUUUAUGUUCUGACGGCAGGAGUUGUCUGUGUACUCGCUAGGGGUUUUGCUAGUUUCUGAAACUAGUGUCGAAUUUCUCCAUUGUUUUAUUUCUGUGGCCUCCAUUACCAUGGCGAUGUGCCAUCAUAGAAACUUUUAAUCCAAUAGCCUUGUAAUGCAAUAAGUUAUCAAAGAGAUUAUUCGCUGGAAA